GAACCAUUGGAUCGCUUCUGUAGAUCCUUACCACCAACUAACUGCUUAUCACUGCUGGUGCAGAAUGCCGGAGUAUCCCCGAUCCACCAUUAGUCCAUGAUCAACCACCACCACUAGCACCACCAUGAAGCGCUCUUCACAUGAUGCGAAUCUCGAUGAGAACCCACGUCCGCAUAGCCGACAGCCGUCUCUUAUUUCCGACGGCCGACCACCUGCGCCGAAAAUCUCAAAAGCCCGCGCCUGCGCAGAAUGUAAACGCCAUAAGAUACGUUGUGAGUUUAAGGCUGGCGAAACAAGUUGCACGAAAUGUACGCGCAGCGGCAUAAAAUGCAUGGUCAAUGACUUUUCACAGAAGUUUGUUGAUGAUGAUGUGACGUGGAAGUCGCAAGCUACAGCCACAAUCCAACAGCUUCAAGCGGCAGUCUCGCAUCUUCUACGUCAAGGAGGGCUCCCAGAUCUCGCCUCGUUUUCUGGAGGGGAUACCCAAGGUGGUACUAGUCCUGCUGAGUCCCAGUCGGACCUACAGCCCUCUUUCUCUGGAUCACCCGCAAUCAAGCAGUCGGCUGAGCCUGGGGCGGUCAUGGAUGUUACCCGAGAGCCUUCCCAGGAACCAGAUCUCCAGGACCGUGAGCUGGUGCCAGCGCCGAUGCGGAGUUUAUACGAAGUUACGAAACUGCGCAACCUGCGCAAUAAUCCUAUCGAACGACCCAAAAUAACGCUUCUAGAAGAGGACUUCAUUUCUCGGGGUUUGAUCUCGCUUCAUGAAGCUGAAGAGCUUUUCGCGUACUUCAGUAGGACAAUGAACCAGCUGCUCUGGGGUGGGAUAAUUCUGGUUCAUCGCGAUCUGACGUCCGUCCGCCGCGCGUCUACGCUUCUCUCCGCUGCUGUCCUUACGGUUGCCGCACUACAUAUUCCCAACCGUACGGAAACGCUGAACCGGUGCUAUAGCGAGUAUGUAUCACUUGUGUCGAGUAUGUCGUUAACGCGGUCGCAUACUCUGGACGAUAUUCGUGCUCUCUGCGUCGGCGCUUUCUGGUUGUCGGAGCUGAGCUGGAAGCUCUCCGGUCAUGCGGUUCGCAUUGCCACUGAGCUAGGCCUCCAUCAGAGCUACCAGAAGAUGAUGCGUGGUCACAAUGAUCAGUAUGAGCGUGCCCAGCUUUGGUAUCUUAUGUACGUGUGUGAUCACCAUUUCAGUAUCGCAUACGGCCGCCCACCAGUAAUUCACGAGGACACCGCCAUUCGAAACUACGAGACAUUUCUGCAGUCGCCGCUGGUUGUGCCCGGAGAUAUACGGCUCAUGGCUCAAGUGGCUCUGUUCAUGAUCCUGACUGAAGCUUACCGGACGUUUGGAAGUGAUACGGAGCAAGCCUUCACAGAGGAAGACUUUGGGCAAUUACGUGUCUACAAUGUGGCUAUUGAUCAGUGGCGUCUGCUUUGGCAGCCACGGUCAGGCGAUAGCCCGUAUGUCCGGACAUAUCCAUCGAAGGGAGUGGUGCUUCACUACCACUUCGCCAAAUUCCAGCUGAACUCCCUUUCGCUACGGGCUUUAUCUCCGUCCAACACCCCCGUCUUCUCGAUGGACCGUAAAGAGUCCGCCAAUACUGCCAUCGCGUCCGCCAUGGCCUGCCUGAACAUGGUGCUUGAGGAACCAGAUAUCCGAGACGCAAUAGUCGGGGUCCCUAUCUUCACGCACACAAUGGUCACAUUCUCCGCCGUAUUCCUGCUCAAGGUUGCCAUUAACUGGAACUCGGCCUACCUCAGCCUUGACGGUCGCCAGGUGCGGCGUCUGGUGGAGCGGGUGAUUGAAUUGCUGAACUGUGUCUCCGCAGGCGAGAGACAUUUGACGAGGCACAUCGCCCGGGGACUGGGGAAGAUGUUGGAACGGUUUGACACCUGGGAUUCGUGGCAGGCCAAGGGCACGUCUGUGGCUGAGUCCGCACCCACUGAUGCACAGGGGUUAGAUGUGCCAGGCGGUGCUAACGCGAUGGCCCAAGGAUUCCCGCCGCCGGAUCUGAUAUAUGAUAUGGUUGGCACUUAUGGAUUUGGCCUGGAUGAGAAUUUGCUUGAUCCCAGCGUGGCGAGUUUUGAAUUUUUAGCCCACUGA